AUGCAAACUCGACGUGCAGGCUCACAGAAUUUGAUUCCUAUUGAUCUUGAAAUCGAGGCCACUGCACGCAAGCAAGGGGGUAGAAGGAGACAGAACAAGAACAAGAAGAAGGAUACAAAGGGUGACGAAGUACCAGCCAAAUCUCUCUGGGAAUAUGGUAUACCAGACACAACUACUGGUGUACUUUCUAGUAUUGUCAGACCAGCUGUCACUGCUGCACACUUUGAACUGAAGCCUCAAUUUAUUCAGUUCAUCUCCAAUGAUUCAUUCUCAGGCUCGCCUAAUGACUGUCCUGUAGGUCAUAUUGAUAACUUUCUGGAGAAGUGUGACACUAUGAAGAUCAACAAUGUCACUGAUGAGGCCAUUAGGCUACGACUUUUCCCUUUUUCUCUGCGGGAUAGAGCCAAGGAGUGGUUGAAAUAUGAAGGUACAGGCUCGUUUGAUACAUGGGAUAAAUUGGUCAAGGCAUUCUUGGUGAAAUUUCUGGACCAAGAGAAGACUUCUAGAAUGAGAAAUGAGUUAACCACCUUUCGUCAAGCUGAAGAUGAGUCAUUGUAUGAGUCCUGGAGAAGAUUUAAACGUUUGCAAAGGCAAUGUCCUCAUCACGGGAUUCCAGAGUGGCUCUUGAUCCAAGCUUUCUAUAAUGGGUUGACACAUGAGUAUCGGAUCUACAUUGAUGCUGCAUCAGGUGGCUCUAUCACUGCAAAGGUUCCAUCUGAAGCUAAGGCAUUAAUUGAGAAAAUGGCAGCUAAUGACAACUAUCACCCAGGUGGUCGGAACAGUGCUAAAAAGGGAGGUAAAUAUAAUGUUGAUGCUUUAACCAUGUUGACCAGUACUGUGCAGGCACUAUCUCAAAAGUUUGAUCAAUUUCAAACUGGGUCAUCUACGGUAGCUUCAUGUGAAGUAUGUGGAAUACAAGGACAUAUUGCUAAUGAUUGUCAAAUCAAUAAUGUUGGGUUGACAAUUGAACAAGCCAAUGCUCUUUACAACAACAAUAACCAGAGACGGCCAUUUGAUCCUUAUUCCAAUACAUACAACGAGGGGUGGAAGCAAAAUCCUGCAUUCUCAUACAAGAACACUCAAAAUCAGCUUAAUCCACCACCACCACGCAACAACUUCAAUCAACCUCCAGGUUUUCAAGCUAGACCACCUUUCAACCAACAAUCUUUCAAUCAUCAGGCCCCUCCACAACCAAAGUCCAAUUUGGAAGCUAUGGUUGAGUCUCUUGCUGCCUCACAACUUAAGCAAGACAAGUAUUGGGAAGGGCAGAUGAAGCAAAACGAUUUCCUUGCUACCUCAAUUCAACAAAUUCAAGCUCAGAACAAGCUCAUGGAGAGUCAGAUAAGUCAACUUGCUCACCAAGUAGGUCAAUUCUCAAAGACUCCAGGCCAAUUUCCGGGAAAUACUGAGCAACCGCCUAAGGGCCAGAUGAAUGCUGUGACUUUGAGGAAUGGUAGAGUGUUAGAAGACCUUCCACCAAAGGAACCUCAAAAGAAAGUGAUUGUGGUAGAAGAAGAGAAAGAUGAAUCUGAAAAAGUGGUUGAAGAAGAAAAAAAGGAACCGAUUGUUUCUCCCAUUGAGCCAUACAAGCCACCUGUUCCUUUUCCACAGAGACUAGCACAGGCUAAGCUAGAGAAGAAAUAUGGGAAGUUCCUUGAGGUCCUGAAGAAGCUGCACAUCAACAUCCCUUUCCUGGAUGCUAUCUCAGAGAUGCCUUCUUAUGCUAAGUUCUUAAAAGACAUGCUCUCAAAUAAGAGGAAGAUUGAAGAGAAUACAACUGUUUCAUUGACAGCUGAGUGUAGUGCCAUUUUGCAGAACAAGCUUCCAAAGAAGCUAGGAGAUCCAGGCAGUUAUUCUAUUCCUGUCAAGCUUGGUGAUAUUGAGAUCAAGAAAGCAUUAUGUGAUCUUGGGGCAAGUGUGAGUCUUAUGCCCUUGUCAAUCUGCAAGAGGCUUAAUAUGGGUGAACUGAAGCCCACACGCAUCUCCCUACAACUGGCGGAUAGAACAGUUAAGUUUCCCCUUGGUAUUCUUGAAGAUGUUCCACUCCGAGUAGGAAAAUUCUUCAUUCCAUGUGAUUUUGUUGUGAUGGAAAUGGAGGAAGAUGCACAGGUUCCCAUCAUACUUGGAAGACCCUUUUUGGCCAUUGCUGGAGCCAUAAUUGAUAUGAAGAAUGGGAAGAUCACCUUUGAAGUGGGUGAUGAGAAGAUGGAGUAUACACUCACAAACUCCAUGGGUUCUCCUUCUAUGGGAGAAACUAUCUAUAGGGUGGAUGCUCUUGAUGAGGCGAUAGAAGCUAAGGAUUUCAGUUUGCAACUUGAUGAUUCGCUACAGACAGUCUUGAUGGGCAGUGCAAAUGAAGAGGAUUGGGAGACUAGGGAGUACAAGAGGCUCUUGGAAGAGACACGAGCUUUAGCAUCUGAAAAUCCUAUCAAGGAGGUGUUGAAACCGAGAGAAUAUAAGGAGAGUUCCACGCCUCCUGAGGUAGAGUUGAAACCCCUUCCCUCUAAUUUGAAGUAUGUUUUCUUGGGUUCUAAUGAUACAUACCCUGUUAUUGUUAAUGCUGAACUUGAUGACAUUCAGAUUGAGCAAUUGCUUACUGUUUUGAGAAAAUAUAAGAAUGUCAUUGGGUACACCAUUGAUGAUAUUAAGGGGAUUAACCCUUCAUUUUGCAUGCAUAAAAUCAUUCUUGAGGACGACCAUGCUUCUUCUAUUGAACCUCAAAGGAGACUUAAUCCUAACAUGAGGGAUGUAGUCAGGAAAGAAGUUGUUAAAUUGCUUGAUGCAGGUAUAAUCUUGUAA